UGGGAAGGGGCGGAGGGAGAGACCCGGGAAGCCCGAGGCUGCCAGCGCGCAGGCGCACUGUCUGGCACCUGGCUCCCCGCAACCACGGAAUUAGGCAUCCUCUGUCAGGAUUGCGAGACAAGAAUGGUCAGAUUGCCAACCUCUGCCAGCCCUCCUCAGUGCUCCUGGGGCUGAAGCUUGGGCAGCAGCCAUGGGGCUAGACUGGCCCCAAGCCUGGCUGUUGGGCCUGCCCACAGCCGUGGUGUAUGGCUCCUUGGCCCUCUUCAUUUCCAUCCUGCAUAAUGUGUUCCUGCUGUACUAUGUGGACACCUUUGUCUCGGUGUAUAAGAUCAACAAAGUGUCCUUCUGGAUUGGAGAGACUGUAUUUCUCCUCUGGAACAGCUUCAACGACCCCCUCUUCGGCUGGCUCAGUGACCGCCAGUUUCUCAGCUCCCAGCCCCGGUCAGGAGCUGGGCUCUCCUCCAGAGAUGUGGUGCUGACGCGGGUGCGGGCUCUGAGCUGGCAUGGGCCGCUGCUGGCACUGUCCUUCCUGGCAUUCUGGGUGCCCUGGGCCCCAGCCGGCUUGCAGUUCUUACUGUGCCUGUGCCUUUAUGAUGGCUUCUUGACGCUUGUGGACCUCCACCAUCAUGCCCUGCUGGCUGACCUGGCUCUCUCAGCCCACGACCGCACGCACCUCAACUUUUACUGUUCCCUCUUCAGUGCAGCUGGCUCCAUGUCCGUCUUUGCCUCCUACGCCUUUUGGAACAAGGAGGACUUCUCCUCCUUCCGUGCCUUCUGUGUGGUGCUAGCUGCUGGCUCCGGGCUGGGCUUUCUGGCGGCCACACAAUUGUUGAGGCGGCGGAUUGAGGCAACCCGACGGGACAGGGGGUGCUCAGCCCUGGUCGUGGAUGGCAGCGUAUGUGAAGAGCUGCUGGUGGGUGGUGAGGAAGCAGGCAGCAUCAGCUUGGGCCAGUACCUCCGGCAACUGGCACGCCACCAAAACUUCCUGUGGUUCGUGGGCAUGGACCUGGUACAGGUGUUUCACUGCCACUUUAACAGUAACUUCUUCCCCCUCUUCUUGGAGCACCUGUUGUCAGACCACAUCUCCCUCUCCACAGGCUCCUUCCUGUUGGGCAUCUCCUAUGUUGCCCCUCAUCUCAACAACCUGUACUUCCUGCCCCUGUGCCGGCGCUGGGGAGUCUAUGCCGUGGUGCGGGGGCUCUUCCUGCUCAAGCUGGGCCUCAGCCUCCUCAUGCUAUUGGCUGGCCCGGACUGCCCUGGCCUGCUUUGCUGCUUCAUUGCCAGCAACCGGGUCUUCACCGAGGGCACCUGUAAGCUGCUGACCCUGGUGGUCACUGAUCUGGUGGAUGAGGACAUGGUACUGAACCAUCGGAAACAGGCGGCCUCGGCGCUUCUCUUCGGUAUGGUUGCCCUGGUGACCAAACCUGGCCAGACCUUUGCCCCAUUGCUGGGCACCUGGCUUCUCUGCUUCUACACAGGUCACGACCUUUUCCAGCAGCCCCCACUGACUUCUGUGGGCAGUGCCCAGCCAUGGCCAGAGCCUCCAGCCCCAGCCCCAGCGCAGGCUCCCACACUCCGCCAGGGCUGUUUCUACCUGCUGGUGCUGGUGCCUAUCACCUGUGCACUGCUACAGCUCUUCACCUGGUCCCAGUUCACGCUACACGGGAGACGCCUCCGUGUGGUCAAGGCCCAGCGACAGAACCUGGCACAGAUCCAUACACUGGACAUUAAGACGGUGUGAGAAGUGUGGCCAGGGCAUUCUGCUGAGGUCACUGCGCUAGUCCCAGCAGGGACCUCUCUUGCGGGCCAGGACCCUGUUCUUUACCUUCUCUGGGUGCAGCCGGAGAGCAGAUGGCAUGGGGGAGCCUCUGGGGCAGAACCAGGCGCCUCACUGAGGCCUGCCCUUCUUUGGCUGUGGGACUCAGCUCGGGCAAGGGCUGGGCCUUAUGUGCUCAGGGACUGUGACUCUGCAGCAAGAAGGAAGGAGGGCUGAGUGUGGUGUGUACGGAGCCGUGGCUCGCCACUUGGGUUAGGGAAGUUCUGACACUGUGACUUCUUUUGCCCAAGUCCGGGGAAGCUGACUGAAAGUGCCCCUUGCCCCUCCUCCUCGUUUCUCUCAGGCACCUCUGCUUCAGUUUGGAGUGGCAUGCUCUCUGUGCUGCAGGCCCAGCAGGCCUCGAACCUCUAGAGACUCAUCUCACUGCAGAGCAAGUAAAGCCAGUCAUUCCUGCUC